UGUUGACACGGUUCACAAUGCUCUUGCCGAUACCUUCGCUGAAGAUGACUUUUGGAAUAAGGGAACAUCAAAGUUUUCCAUCGGCAUUAAGAUGUUCUAAGUGCCUUAUACUGAACAUGUGAAAGCAUCACAGGGCCUGAACUCCAACAUGGUUAAGGACACUACCCAGGAGUACCAAAAUACAUCAGCUAAGCUGCUUAUGAAGUCUUCCAGAAAAUAGCCUUUUCUUCUUCCUCUGUCUAACUGUCUAUCCUUUGUCCAUAACUCUUACCCUUUAAACAUUCACCUCUGCCCUAACCUCCUUACCCCUAACCUCACACUGAACUUUCAGAAUCACAUCUCUGGAUGAGAAAGGAAGACACCACAAAUAAAAACAACCAGACAAAAUGGCCGUCUUAAAGGUGACAUUUACCAAGACCAAUCGGGGCAAGCUGGCUCAGGUCUUGUGGGUGCUCAACUGGAUUUCUGUGGUGACAGGCAUUAUCCUCUUCAGCCUGGGUCUUUUUCUCAAGAUAGAGAUUCAAAAGCGUCGGGAAUUGAUGUCGGGCCAUGAGAUCCGCUCUGUGCCCAACAUGCUCAUCGCCACAGGCCUGGUGGCCUGCUGCAUCAACUUCCUGGGUGGCAAGAUCUGCUACGACUGCGUCGACACCAACAAGUUCCUGCGCUGGAAGCUCUUGAUGCUUCCGUACAUCGUGUGUACCUUCUUCUUCACCUUCUGCAUCCUCGUGGGGGCCCUCAUGUGCUACACCAUGCAUAACCAACUGGAGGAGUCGCUGUUUCAGGGGUUGCGCGGUGCCAUGCGUUACUACAAAGACACGGAUACGCCAGGUCGAUGUUACCUCAAGCGCACCGUGGACAUGUUGCAAAUCCAGUUCCAGUGUUGCGGAAAUGUGGGUCACCGCGAUUGGUUCCACAUCCAGUGGAUCAGUAAUCGCUACCUAGAUAUGACCAGCAGUGAAGUCUCUGACCGUUUCAGAAGCAACGUGGAGGGGAAGUACCUCAUGGACGCCGUCCCUUUCAGCUGCUGCAACACCUACUCUCCGAGACCCUGUAUACAGCAGCAGGUCACCAACAACUCAGCCCACUACAACUACGACUACCAGACUGAGGAUCGCAACCUGUGGAAGAGAGGCUGCCACCAGGCCCUGCUCGACCACUACACCAACAUCAUGCAGUCCAUCGGCUGUACCGUGCUCAUCAUCUGGCUGUUCGAGCUUUUGGUGUUAACAGGCGUGCGCUACCUCCAGACGGCCAUGGAGAACGUUCUACGGCUGGGUGAUCUGGACUCUGAGUCGGACGGCUGGCUCCUGGAGAACAGCAUCGCUGAGACGGCCCGCUCCAACUUCAACAUUAUCAAGAACCUCGGCAAGUGCUACCAGGUGGACGAUGACCCUAACAUCAACGUGCCCAGUGUUGCCCAACAAGAGGUGCCCACUCGUCAGAUUCCCGUGGCCAGCUAACAUCGCCCAGCACUGUUCGACUGACCGGAAUUGAACAAGGAAUUGGAUUGAAUUCAUUGACCAUUGACCACAGCUAUGUCCGAUGACAGAUGUGUCUGAGGAAGGAAGAUAUGUCUAAGUAGGCUUACAACUGUGUGUGGACUCAAACAGGAUUAGCCGUGGGGGCAUGUCAACUCAAACACAGAUGAACUGUCAAACUUUAAACAAAAGUAAAGGACCUGCCAGUGCUUGAAUAUGAUUGAAUAUCUGCCUCUUCUGAAAUGAUACUGAAAAAGUCAGUCUGAACACGUUGUCUUUUUGCAAAUUCUGUCCUUGUGCCAUACUCAGAAAUGGAAUUGGACUUUCAUUAGGCCUAAGAAGAACUAUGGCUAUCUAAAAUAAGAGACCCACUGCUCAGUUUAGCACAUUGUUUAGCACUUGUAGCUGACAUGGUUCGUUUGGGACACGUAACACAGUUUGAAGAUUGUGGGAUGAAGUUACAAUAAGAGGCAUUUUAACUCUGCAGACAGAAACAACAACAGCAAAUUUGAAUUGCCUUCAACUGUUAUGUUAAUAUUCUGCAAAGUUUAGACUUCACAUAGUCAUAGACUCGAAAGAGCAGUUUUAUUCAGCUAUUUCAGCUAUUUAUUUCAUGGACUGGAUCCAUUGUCAUGAAGUUGGACUGAACAUGGAUGUGAAAUGUCUGUUUCUUUAGACCUUCAAUUUAGACAGAUCUCCAGUACUGUAGACCAGUUGACAUUUCUCUUGUGCCUCUGCCCACACAGGACAUAAAAGGGCAGCCUUAAUAAAAAAACAAGGGUUUUUACAAUGU